GGAACAGCAGAAUUUUUGGGUACUAUAAAAGUUUUGCAAUAUGACUUAACAAACGGACGCAGGAGGCUAAAUAUUACUGCAUGUUGAGACAUGUCCAUGAGUGCAAUUUUACGGUAUAACUUUACGCGUGGUUUAAGCAUAGACCAGUGCUUAGAAGAAAUGACGAUUGCAUUAAAUAAUGGUUCUCCUCAUCGUACGACUAUAUUCACGUGGUACAAGGAAUUUCAAAGGGAGCAAUUUCACUCUGGAGGACGCUGAGAGGGAAGUAAGGCCGCGAACGUCAGUAACA